AUGACCAAUCCUAAGCGAAAGCGGUCGGAGAGUGUCGAGCAUCAGGUGAAGAAGAUUCGAACGAAUGUGGAACUUGCACCUCAAAUGGUCCCACAUUUUGCCCAACCCACGCAUGACAAGCUGUCUGAGAUGCCUGAGAAGCUGCCCGAGAAGCUGCCUGAGAAGCUCUCUACAGAUGCUCCUACCAUCAAGGCUCCAGUUCCACCACAGUUCCGGCCAGAUGUCAAAGCACAGCAAUCUCUCGAACAGCAGCACGCACACGAGAGCGAGGUGUUGUCAGGCGGUCUGACCCCUGCCCAGCAAAUCAUCGAGAAUGAGUUCAAUAUGCAGAUUCUAAUGAAGCAUAAUGAGCUCCGCCUCAUUGAGCAGGAGCUUGCAAAAUGUCAAAUGUCUCUUGAACAGCUGCGAAGAUGUGAACUGCGUCCAUACCCUGGUGCCACUGGACUUUCCACCGCGGUUACCGAAGGUACGGGCCCUGCAAUUGCUCCUCAGCCAGGCUUCUCUCGACCAUCUCACCCGGCUCCAUACGGUGUGCUUGAGGGGCCUUACUCWCGACACUACAAGCAGUGGCUGCUUCCUGACCCUCAAUUUGACUCUGUAUCCUUGCAAGCACCCGUCUCCGGCAGAGAACCUGCUCGCCACACUCGUACUCAAAGUCACGCACCACGAAAGCCUUCUAGCAAAGCAACUCAAAGCUCGCAUCAGCGGGUGGAUUCGGUUAAUAGCAUUCCGAAUUAUGGUAGCGCAUCAACCAAGGACAAGUCUUCACCAUUGGUGCUACGCAGGUCGACUGAUGGACAGCUUGUGAAGCUCAUCUGCAAGAACUGCCAUCGUGGAAACUUCUCUAGCAUCCAAGGCUUCCUCAACCACUGCCGCAUAGCACACAAGGUCGAUUACAAGUCUCACGACCAAGCAGCUGUGGAUUGUGGACAGCUUCUUGACCAGACUGAAGUGGCGAAUCUUCCUCUCGAGACUCAAUCUACCCCCAUGCCGAAGCCUCCUUCGACUAGGCAAUCCCUAUCGAAUGCAAGCACUGUGCGGGCAUCCAAUCUUGUACAUCAAUUCAACACCACCGCUGGGAUGCCUGCCUCUACACCUCGAMCAGUGAACAGAACUCCAGCCAUUCCCGCCAAAAAGGUCAAAUCUACCGCACCGAAUGCAUUCACUGUAGAGCCAUUCAAGCCUUCUGCUGCAGUCCCACGUCUAUCCCAGCACUUUGCCAAGCAUCAGCUGGGUGGUGAUUUGGAGCACGCCACUACUCUUGCCAAGCAAAAGGUCGAGCUCAGCAUUGAAGAUGAGGCUCAGUCGCCCGGCAUCUCCGAAGCUGGCUCGCCCGUGGCGUCUUUCAACGGCGCUAGGAUGCCGUCUGGACAUGCACAGCAGCAAGGCUUGCCAGGUCCUGCAGGGUGGAAGGGUCAACAAAACCUCAAAGACCGUCCGCGACCGUCACCACUUGCACCACCACGUGACAUGCACAAUGAUUAUCUCUCCUCUCCUCAAGACAUCAGCUCGGCUUCCCUCAGCCCGCAUACGGUUGAUGGCAACCCUGGUCUGGUCAGUGAUCACGAGGAUGAUGACCAUGGUUCAGCAUCCGAGGAUGAAGAAGGUACCCCACAGGCUCUGCCGCAAGCAUUGCCUCCGACGGCGAACCACUGCUCUGACAACAUGGAGAUUGAUGUGGAGGAGGCAGAUGAGAUUGAUCAGCAUGGUGUCAUCAUUCGGCGGAACAGUAUGCUCGCUGCGCAGGCGAGGACGAUUGGUGCGUCUGCAAGUCCCUCACGGAUGAAGGGAGAGAAGUGA